AUGGCAUUGGAGGCAAUGGCAGCUACAGAGUGCAUCUCUCAUACUGUAGAAUUAGUCAUGGAAGUAGUCUCUGAAGUCAACAAUGUCUUUGUUGAGAAGGAAUGUUUUUCAGAACUUGCUUCAUAUUUGAAUAGACUUGUUCCUCUCCUAAAAGAAUUAAACAAAAAAGACAUCAGCAAUUCCGAGAAAGUUUUUGUUGAGAUCCUGAAUCAACAAGUCAGAGUAGCUAAACAACUCACAACUGAAUGCAGCAAAAAGAGCAAAGUCUACCUCUUAAUAAGUUGCAGAUCAAUUACAAAACGCAUACAAGACAUUACAAGGGAAAUCAGCAAGGCGUUAAAUCUAAUCCCUUUUUCACAGCUGGAAAUUUCAUCAAGCAUGAUGCAAGAACUUGGUCAACCUCUGUGA